CGCCAAAUGAGCUGGGAUCGGGUCAUCCAAGACUCUGACGAGGACGAGCCUCUCGGGGAUGACGGGGUCGAGGCUGAGGCCUUGAUUGAUCCCCAUCAAAGUCACGAGUCCCCGAGGCAACAACUGCCAGACAACUCGGCUUACCAUGGCGAUGAACAACAAGCAAACUACCCAACCGAGCACCAAGUAGCCCAAGAAGUCGGCACUGGAUCGGACCUCGGCGUCAAUUUUGACCAAUUCUUGCAAUCGCAGGAAAUGUCGCAAUCAGCAGUGACAUUGUCACAGCAGCGCCGGGAGGAGCGGUGGAUUCCCUCGACCGGCGACGGCGGGUGUGGAUCAAUUGGAGCAAUGAUGACUGAGAUUGGACACGCACAGCGCCGACUACUCGACGACGACCCUUACAGCACUGGCCAGCAUCUUCCUUCCACAAUAACCCCUUACCCAAGUGAGAUCUCGCAGCCUGGCUCGUUUCCAUCAAUUCCGAACUAUCCGUAUCAGCAAGUGGACGAGGUUGCCAACGAUAAUUACACGUAUACCCGGCCAGUCGUCGAGGACUCAUAUGAAGUGACGCAGCUUGUCGCGCCAGCCCAUGCCAACGGGUAUGAGUACAGUACACCCGCAACAUCGAACAAUGUCGAGUCCCCUUCCGACCCGAAUGAUCGAGCGGCAACAUUCUCUACAUCUGUCCAACUAAAUGACGGUGUUUACGCAAAUCACCCGCCGAAGACAGUUCAGCGGUCCAGGUCAAUGCAGUCGCAACCGUGGUCUCCGCAUGAUACCGAGCCAUUGUCAUCUGUCGUUUCUCCGGGGCUGAGCAGAUCUAAAAGCGACAAUGCCAGAUCAGGGCUUAUGUCACCGCAGCAUUCUGAAGGCAGUGCGCACGACGAACUAGCUUUGCCAAUGGUGGCUCCAACAACAGCCGCGGACGCUUCCACAGUGCUGAAGAAGCGUGGCCAACCCAAGAAGCAGUCCUUGCCAGAGGACGAUGAAGAGGAUGAACUUGCUGCGCCUCGAAAUUACUUCAACUAUGAGUUCAGCAAGGCAGGUCACAAGACGCGACGUGAACCUUCCCCCAAGAAACAAGCAGUGGAGAUGGAUGUCAUCGAGAUCAAUGACGAUGUAGACGAGCCACCUACUAAUGAGGCCAGGCCUCAUCAUGUGCCAGGGCUCAUGGUCGUUCUUCCCGUCGCGUUUGACGGUAAGUCCAAGCGCAACGAUGCGAGCGGAUCAAAGGAAGCUGAAAAGGCUACUACAAAGGCACCGAAGAAGAAGGUCAAGAGGAGCAAGACCGCUUCAGCUGUUCUCGACAAGUCCAAUAGAGCUGAUGUCGACGAUGAUGUUACAUGGCUAGACUCCAACCCUCUCGAGGUGGCUGAGACCAAAACUACUGAGAAGACCGAUGAGCCUCAACGAGCACAAGAUGCGCCAGUGGAAGAAGUGCCCGGACCGAAGAAGCGAGGGCGCAAGCGAAAGAAGACUGCCGAGGCUGCCCCAGUGGUAGAUAAGCAGCAACAACCACCUGAGACAGAGAACGCGGCAUCACACAACGCUCCCCCGACCGAAGAAUACACAGACCCGAUUCCUGAGCCUCUCGAUGAAACUACAGAUCCUACCAAAGAGACUCCGCAACCUUCCAAGCAGCAGGAGUCCACCCCAACCCCAGACCUUCCACCCCAAACACCACACCGACCAGAAGGCAAAGAAAACGAUCCCGCCACAGCUGAAGGUUCACACAAGGGACCAACGAAACAUAGUCCAAUCCUGUCUACGACAAAAGUGCCAUAUCGAGUUGGACUAAGCAAACGAGCUCGUAUUGCGCCGCUUUUGAAGAUUGUCCGGAAAUGAUGAAUUUAAUCGGGUAUUGUGUUCAUCAUACUGUGAUGCCUUGGGUGAUUCUCGGUUGGGAAGGUGUUUUGAAAUGAUGUGUUUCUGUUCUUAUUAUUAUACCCCCGUUUGUGUUGCAUUGUGCUGGUGUUUUCUAUUCUUUUGGUCUUAUUACAAGGCAGGAUUUUGUUUUUGAUUGACCUUGUGUCUUUCCCGUUAACAUUGGGUACUGUGCAUUGUCAACUGCGUAUGUCUAUUGACUUAUAAUUGAUAAGAAUCUACCUGGUGAGAGCACCAUGGCAGAGAGUUUACAACUCUAUGUGAAAACCAGACUUCUUUGUCUUCGAUAAUGUUUCGCGAGACUCAAUUUCAACAGC